GCACGCUCCACCUCUUACUUCAACGCCCACCGGGAGGAGGAGGAGGAGGUCAUGGCGACGACGAUGCUGAGGCAGCCCCUCCCCCUCUUCUAGUUCUCCUCUUCUUCUUCUCCCCCUAUUUAUAGGGCGCUCGCGCGGCUCACCAGGCAGAAUAGCCAUUGUUUUGUGUUCAUCUCGCGUCCAGGAAGACAAGCUCAAGCUGUACAAGUAGCGCCAACACCAGACCUCUUUUGUUCCUGGUCAUCCUCUUCCUCCUGAUUCUUGUUGUGACGGCCGUCUUCUUGCUCCCACCAGCGAUCAUGUCUUCGUCUUCCUCCUCCGUGACGUUCGAGAAUCCGAGGAAGGUGGUGAAGAAGGUGCUGUCAUUGUCCCAGUCCGAGGGGGACGGCGCCACCGUCCGCCGGAGCAUCGGCCGGCACGAGCUCCGGAACCUGGACCCGUUCCUCCUGCUCGACGAGUUCUCCGUCUCCAAGCCCGCCGGCUUCCCCGACCACCCUCACCGUGGCUUCGAGACCGUCACCUACAUGCUCGAUGGGGCCUUCACCCACCAGGACUUCUCGGGGCGCAAGGGCACCAUCAGGACCGGAGAUGUGCAGUGGAUGACG